GAGUUGAGGUUUGAGCAGGGCUCUCGUGUGCGCAGCUGAAGCUAGGUUUCCGCGGUGAAGUAGACGAAUAGAGAGCGACGAACAAACGGAACGGAGAUAUGAACGGUUUUCUCGUCCCGUUCUCACUUUAAUCUUGACAAAUGUGAGCUAGACAACGUGACAUUUUCAUCUAAGUUUUUAGACGUAACGUGUUGCCUAUUUUGGAGUGCUUUGUUGUUUUCAGAGUUUAAGAAAGGUCGAACGCGCCGCGCAACAACUGCAGGCAGCGUUUGAUUAUUCCCGUGGCGGAAUAUUUUGGUGGACAGUCACAGUCCGACACAUUGCGCACUGGAUAUUCAAAACAUUUAGAAGUUGCGAUUGGUGUCACAUUUCUCCGUGACUUUUAGGUAUGCCUGUGGUUGUCAGCGCGUCUCCGGACAGGUAACCAGGUGUGUUGCUGGUGCCAUGGCAACGCCAGAGCUGCGUCUGUUGCCUGUCAUUGUGGUUACUAUCGUCCUGGUGGUGUUGUCGGCUGCGGAUGACCACGAGUGGCACUUUAAACCAGCUCAGUGUCGUUAUGCCCUGGGGAUGGAGGACGGCACCAUCCCUGACUCUGACAUCACAGCCUCCAGCGCCUGGUCAGACUCUACUGAGGCCAAACACGGCAGGUUGAGUACAGGAGAGGGAGACGGUGCAUGGUGUCCUGCAGGAGCAGUGUUCCCCAGUGCUUCAGAGUACCUCCAGGUGGACCUGCGCUCGCUGCACUUCCUGGCUCUGGUGGGUACCCAGGGUCGCCAUGCCGACGGGCACGGCCAGGAGUUUGCCCGCAGCUACCGGCUUCGUUACUCCCGAGACGGACGCACCUGGAUCACCUGGAAGGACCGCUGGGGGCAGGAGGUGGUGUCUGGGAAUGAGAACACCUAUGAUGUGGUUCUGAAGGACCUGGGUCCACCCAUUGUUGCCCGUUAUGUCCGCUUCUACCCCCUGGCAGACCGGGUCAUGAGCGUCUGUCUACGAGUGGAGCUCUAUGGCUGUCUGUGGAACGAUGGCCUGUUGGUGUACACAGCUCCAGUGGGUCAUGUGAUGCACCUGUCUGGCUCACCUGUGUACCUCAACGAUUCUACCUACGAUGGCAGCAUAGAGGCAGGGGUUCAGUUCGGAGGCCUGGGCCAGCUGUUUGACGGUGUGUUAGGAGGGGAUGACUUCACAGAGACCAAGGAGCUGAGGGUGUGGCCGGGGUAUGACUACCUGGGCUGGAGCAGAGAGGCUCUGGGGCAGGGCAGCGUUGACAUCGAGUUCCACUUCGAAAAGACACGCAGCUUCCACACCAUGCAGGUCCACAGUAAUAACCGCCACACCCAGGGUGUGAGGGUCUUCAGUAAGGUAGAGUGUCAGUUUAAACCUGGCCUGUUACUCCCCUGGUCCUCGCCCCCCCUCUCUCUGGCUGUACCCCUGGAGGACCUGAAGGACCCCUCCUCACGCCCCAUCUCCCUGCCCCUGGGGGGUCGCCCCGCCCAGAUCUUACGCUGCCAGUUUGCCUUCGCAGACCGAUGGAUGCUCAUCUCUGAGAUCUCCUUCUACUCUGAGCCGUAUGGGGAGGGUGUCGACCCCGUGGACACGGGCUCUGCUCUUCCUGCUCUUCCUGCUCCUCCGGUCUCCUCCGCUACUCCUCCUCCUCCUGUCUUCCCCUCCUCCGUCAGCCCCGCCCUCAACCACAACUCCUCCAACUUCACUAGCGUUCCCUCAGAACCCCCCACCACCAACCCCAUGAUGGACAGCACGGGUAACAGCACACUGUCAGGGGCCGACUUCGUUGCUGUGAGCCCGAGGGCGGGCCUUCCUGUCGCCAAGGACGACAGCAGCAACACAGCCAUCCUGAUUGGCUGCCUGGUGGGCAUCAUCCUGCUGCUAUUGACUGUGAUCGCUGUCAUUCUGUGGAGGCAAUACUGGAAGAAGAUACUGGGCAAGGCCCAGGGCAGUCUGUCCAGUGACGAGUUGCGUGUCCAUCUGUCCGUCCCCUCGGACAACGUGGUGAUCAACAACACACACAGCUACUCCAGCCGCUACCAGCGUAUACACACAUUCCCUGACGACAGGGACAGGGAGCGCUGCGACGGAGAGGGAGAGUACCAGGAGCCCAGCGCACUGCUCCGACCACUAGACCACACUGGACGAGACAGCACCGGACGAGACAGCACCGCCUUGCUGUUAAACAACCCAGCCUAUGACCUCCUCCUGUCAGAUCAGAGGCAGCAUGGCUCAGGCUCCUCGUGGCCCCUAACCGUCCCAUUGGCCAGGGCCAGCUCCUCUCACCCUCAGGAGAAGAGCCUCAAUAAUGGGGCCCAGGCCUGUGGUAUGGACUUGGAGAAGGGCUUGCCCCCCACCCAGGAGGAGCCUCCCCCGUACCCCGAUGCUCCUCCUUACCCGGCCCUGUCUCCCCCCUUCCCCGCCAGCGUGCCCCACUAUGCAGAGGCGGACAUCGUUAGCCUGCAGGGCGUCAGUGGUAACAACACAUAUGCAGUGCCAGCCCUGACCUCCCCCAGCCCCACUGCAGCAGACUGCACCCCCCUGCCUGAACUGCCCCGACACUGUCUGGUCUUCAAGGAGAAACUGGGAGAAGGACAGUUUGGAGAGGUGCACCUGUGUGAGAUAGAGAGCCCUCAGGACCUGCCUAACCUGGAGUUCCCUUUCAACGUGAGGAAAGGACGCCCUCUGCUGGUGGCUGUUAAGAUACUGCGCCCUGACGCCUCCAAGAACGCCAGGAAUGACUUCCUAAAGGAGGGGAAGAUUCUGUCUCGUCUGAAGGACCCCAACAUCAUCCGUCUGUUGGGAGUGUGUGUGAGCAGCGAUCCUCUCUGUAUGGUCACAGAGUACAUGGAGAGUGGAGACCUCAACCAGUACCUCUCACACAGAGUCCUGCUGGACAAGACUGGACCCACACACAACACCCCCACCAUCAGUUACCCUGCUCUGAUCGCCAUGGCCAGUCAGAUAGCUUCAGGGAUGAAGUUUCUGUCGUCUCUGAACUUCGUGCACCGUGACCUGGCCACAAGAAACUGCCUGGUGGGGGGUGAGAAGGGCGAGAGCGGGGGCGACCGGGGCGGGGAGCGACCCAUCAAGAUCGCCGACUUUGGGAUGAGCAGAAACCUGUAUGCUGGAGACUAUUACCGCAUCCAGGGGCGGGCUGUGCUGCCUAUACGAUGGAUGGCCUGGGAGUGUAUCCUGAUGGGGAAGUUCACCACAGCCAGUGACGUGUGGGCGUUUGGUGUGACUCUGUGGGAGAUGCUGAGUGUGUGUCAGGAGCAACCCUACUCCAACCUGACUGAUGAACAGGUCAUAGACAAUGCUGGAGAGUUCUUCAGGGACCACGGAAGACAGGUGUAUCUGAGCAGACCAGAUGUGUGUCCUCAGGGUCUCUAUGACCUCAUGCUGAGCUGCUGGAACCGGGACUGCAAGCUCCGCCCCUCAUUUUCCCACAUUCACUCCUUCCUCACAGAGGAUGCCAUGAACAUGGUGUAGAGAGAGAGAGAGAGAGAGAGGGGAAUGGAAGAGUGAGAUGGAGAGAGAGGGAUGAGAGACGACGACGACUCCGACCUUCAUUCCCCCAUUCAUCAUAGAGAUGAGUGCUUUGAGCGAGGGAUGUGUGUAGAAGUGGUGGAGGUAGAGAGGGAGAGGUGUACAGUAGAGGGAUGGGUGUAGAAGUGGUGGAGGUGUAGAGGGAGAGGUGUACAGUAGAGGGAUGGGUGUAGAAGUGGUGGAGGUGUAGAGGGAGAGGUGUACAGUAGAGGGAUGGGUGCCUGCUUGUAUAUUUUGUAUUUCUCUAUGAUGGGCGGAUGGGGCUGAGACACCGCUGGUUCGGUUUUCACUCCCACGAGACAGACGAAUUUGUAACGCUGAUUAACUUUUAUCAAAGAAUAUCAACAAUACCAAUCUGAUUAUGUAUCAAUGUCAGACUUUAACACUCUGAAAUGUGAUCAUAGUUUAAUAGCAUAUUAACAUUUUGGGAUAAAGUUAAUAACACAUCGUCCUAUAUAGAUAUUUUAUUACUUGACAUGCUAAUGUUUUUGGUAUUGUAUAAAUCAUGUGCUAGGGUUACUGGUGAAGGUCUAUAUAUAUUCUCAUACUGUCAACAUUUCUCCAUCUCACAACGGUACGCACACAUUUUUCACACAGAGGUGAAAUUGCACACAAGGUUUGCUGUCUUAGUACUAUAUAUAAAACGAGUAUGUCCCAGUAAACUCCAGUAUGUUUCACUAGUUUUCAGUAUAUAACCCAGUUCUUCCCAGACCCUUAUUCCCAAACCCUCCAUCCCAGACCCUUAUUCCCAGCCCUAAACCCUCCACCCCAGACCCUUAUUCCCAGCCCCAAACCCUCCAUCCCAGACCCUUAUUCCCAGCCCCAAACCCUCCAUCCCAGACCCUUAUUCCCAGCCCCAAACCCUCCAUCCCAGACCCUUAUUCCCAGCCCCAAACCCUCCACCCCAGACCCUUAUUCCCAGCCCCAAACCCUCCACCCCAGACCCUUAUUCCCAGCCCUAAACCCUCCACCCUAGACCCUUAUUCCCAGCCCUAAACCCUCCACCCUAGAUCCUUAUUCCCAGCCCCAAACCCUCCAUCCCAGACCCUUAUUCCCAGCCCCAAACCCUCCACCCCAGACCCUUAUUCCCAGCCCCAAACCCUCCACCCCAGACCCUUAUUCCCAGCCCCAAACCCUCCAUCCCAGACCCUUAUUCCCAGCCCCAAACCCUCCAUCCCAGACCCUUAUUCCCAGCCCUAAACCCUCCACCCCAGACCCUUAUUCCCAGCCCCAAACCCUCCACCCCAGAUCCUUAUUCCCAGCCCCAAACCCUCCAUCCCAGACCCUUAUUCCCAGCCCCAAACCCUCCAUCCCAGACCCUUAUUCCCAGCCCCAAACCCUCCAUCCCAGAUCCUUAUUCCCAGCCCCAAACCCUCCACCCCAGACCCUUAUUCCCAGACCCAAACCCUCCAUCCCAGACCCCAGUCUAAGGUUCGGUCUCUGGUCUCAUGGAGCCAGACGAGGCUGAAUAUUGCAUUAUAUUCCUCUGGCCUACCCGUUACGCCUGAGCUUUAAAGUCUGGCAAGCAGAAUGAUGGUAUCUCAUACACAGGCCAGUAGCAGACACAGCAACAGGUGUUCCACCAGCAAUCUGUAACACACACAAUACUGUCAGUCAGCUGCUCAGCCCAGACUAGGCUGGCAUUAUGACUAUAUUCUGCCUCCCUCUCCACCCACCUCAGUAUCUCACCACUCCGUAAGCCUUUCAUUCUGCAGUCUCACAUCUGAUCCACUCUGAGCUGUAACUAUGGAGUUAUACUGGACUGAUGUGGACUGAUCUGGGCUCGAGGACUCUUUCCAGGACAGGAAGUGUGUGGUUGUUACCAUAGAGAUAUGGUUGUUACUCUACCAGACCUCCAAACUGAAACCCUUUGGACCUCCAUUGCCAGAGAGAACUGACUGGUGUCACGUGACGUGAGCCUCACUGACUGGUGUCACGUGACGUGAGCCUCACUGACUGGUGUCACGUGACGUGAGCCUCACUGACUGAGAACAGGUACAGCAGGGGAGGUGCACUGUGAACGGCUACAACCAAUGAGACUUGAACUUAACAGAAGAGAGACAUCCUUCCUUAUGGGAGCUGGAAAAGUACAGCCCACAGCAACACACACUGAAAGACAGACAACACUGCCUGCGCUGUGACAUCACAUGUGAAACUGACAGUUGUUUGGUGACUAGCUGAUGGAACAUGGAUGGACAGAUGGAUUGACGACUAGAGGGGAGUGGGGGCUGAUAUAUAUAAAUGACCAUUUUCAUGUGUAAGUGAGGUGAGCGAAUUGAUGAUUUUCUACCAGCGAUGGAUAGCGGAGCUGGGUCUGACUCAGUGACCCAGAUGGAGAAAGGAGGUUCAUGUAUAUGUCCAAUACACUACCAGCUGCACUUUAAAGGCUGUUUCUGGCCGCACACCCCAGUACCUGCACUAGAAUACUAGUUGUGGCCAGUCUUGGGGCAUAGUUACAGUACUUGUAGUUUAACAACUAAUUAACAACACUUUCAGAGUAGGUCCCCCAACACUGGUAUGUAUGUUGGAGCGUACAGACAGUCUGGAUCCCCUUGGCGUUAGAACCCAUAGCAGUCCAACAUGGCAUUGCUGGUCAAAAUAGAUGUAGUUCUAAACAGAAAAACAGGUCAGUGUCUUGUGAUUUAUCUACUUAAAGUUUAUCAUUCAUGAUUCAUUUCAGUGGAUUGUUGUUCAAAUAGAACCGCCCCUCAUAAAAGGUGUUCUAAAGGAGGAAAAUAAAGGUUUGGAAAACCUCUGUCUGCAUUAUGAGGAAAGGCAGAGUACACCAAAUGCUCAUCCCCAAACUGUCAGUGUUACAUAGAUACCCAGCAAUAGGGAAAAGAUCAGACCUUAAUGGUUAAAACGUCAAAAUCACAACAAAUUUAACACUCACUAACAACUGUAUCCAAAGCCUUUUAGUUUGUCAGUAACCUUUCAUCUACAUUAUCCCAACAUAAGUUGCCCGUGGUGGACUCUACCUUACUGAUUGUAGUUCUGUAUAAUGUGUCAGGCUUAAUCAAGAUUAUCAAAUAAUCCUUGUUUACUGAUUGAAUGAGUAUGAAUGGUGGUGCCAUACGAAUACAGUAUGUGUCUCGAUUGACCUUUUUUGAUACACUGUAGCCCAACUAAACCCAUAUUUGUAUAUAUAUAUUUCCUGUAUAUGUACUUAGAAUCUCCUUGUCAGUGAUGAUGUCAUCCUUUGUCUUUGAAGAUGAACCUGAUGUGUACAUAUUCUAAGGACAGAAUUUUUAUUUUGUUGACUAAUAUAUGGAAUUUCUUUGUUACAGUUGGUCUCUUCUUUUUGUUCCUUUGUAGAAAGCUUGCUACAUUACCUUGAUGCCAUUGUAAUUCAUUGGGUUGUCUAUUUUUGUAGUUUUAAUAAAGUUAACCUUUCCAAAUAAA